AAGCUGAAAGCCAAACUCUAAACUGCAAAACACACAUACUCUCUCUCUCUCUCUCUCUCUCUCUCUCUCUUUCUCUGGAGGCACUACCUUCGAGCUUUGAGAGCUCGAGGUCCAAUUCCAGCAACUACACUUAGCGAGAUUACGGCAAUUUCUGUGUUCAAAGUCCCUUUUUCCUUUCCCAAGUCCUCAAUCGUUGAAGUUUUCGAGCAGGAGAAUGCUUAUCUUUUCCCGCCGUUGAUUAUUCUCCGCGAACCCUUACCCGCAUUCGUUUUUACCAGGUGCCUUUGGUUUUACAGAUCUCCUUUGUGCGUUGCUUAUUGGGAGAAUCAAUGGGCAGUUCAUUUAAUCCUCAGAUUUUAGUGGAAAAGCUUGCCAAGCUCAACCAUUCACAGGCAAGCAUAGAGACUUUAUCACAUUGGUGUAUUUUUCAUAUGAAUAAAGCAAAGCAAGUUGUUGAAACAUGGGAAAGACAAUUUCAUUGCUCACCGCGUGAGCAGAGAUUGGCUUUUCUAUAUCUUGCAAAUGACAUUUUGCAGAAUAGUCGCCGUAAAGGUUCAGAGUUUGUUGGUGAAUUUUGGAAGGUUCUUCCAGAUGCUCUUCGUGAUGUAAUUAAAAAUGGGGAUGAGGCUGGAAGAAAUGCUGCGCUGAGAUUGAUUGGCAUAUGGGAAGACAGAAAAGUUUUUGGUUCCCGUGGGCAAAUUCUCAAGGAAGAGCUUGUGGGAAAGCACUCAGAUAGCAAUAAUAGAAAUGGGAAGAAUUUAGGCGUUAAACUGAAGCAGCCUACUGGAAGUACAUUGGACAAGAUAAUUUCAGGUUAUCAAGUUGUUCAUGGUAGCCAGGAGGAUGAAGAUGUUAUAAUAAACAAAUGUAGGAAUGCUAUUAGCUCUCUUGAGAAAGCUGAGAAGGAAAUUGGUGUCAAUAUUAAUUCAGGACAAUUCCAUGGAGCUUCAUUUGUGGAAGAGCUGCAAGGCCAGCACACUAUUUUGAGGGAUAGCAUUGAAAAACUGACAGCCAUUGAAUCAUCAAGGGCAAGUCUCGCGUCUCAUCUGAGAGACGCUCUUCAUGAGCAGGAAUCCAAGCUGGAACAAAUCCGCAAUCAACUUCAGGCUGGACAGUCCCAGUCAGAACAUACUAGUAAUGUCUGCCGGCAGUUGUUGCGAUCUAAUAAUGUGCCGUUAGUUGCUGAGCAAGGUCCAAAGGAAGUUAGUACUUCCAUUGCAUGUCAAAACUUUAUACCUGGUGACAGCGAACAAUCAGCUCCAGCAAUGUACAUAAGGCAGGUAUCUUUCCCUGAAAAAACUGGUCUAAUUGAGGAAGAUCCCCGGAAGUCUGCAGCUGCUGCAGUGGCAGCAAAAUUAACUGCAUCAACAUCCUCAGCCCAGAUGCUUUCUUAUGUCCUCUCUUCACUUGCAUCUGAAGGCGGCAUUGGCAAUCCAGUAAAAGAAUCAUCUGGUGAAUACCCCUCUGGAAAGAGGGCUAAGCUCGAGAAUGAUCAGCCUUACAUGCUGAGCCAGAAUCCUUCACGGCAACCACUUCCUUCUUUUCAACAUCCUGAUACUUUCCAAGUGGCAACCACUGGUCAGCAAUUAACUUCAAAUGAUCCACCACCUCCCCCAUCAUCACCUCCACCACCACCUCCACUACCGCCUAUGCCAUCAUAUUCAAUUCCCCAGUACAUGCAGACUGCUGGAUCAAUAAAUGCUGGACCAUACAGCUACAGCAUGUCCCUGCAGCAGCCACCAUUCUUGCCUGGCUAUCCUGGAGUUGGGACUCAAAUGACAGGUAUCACUUCCUUUGCACUGCCCCCAACAAAUUCAUACCCAAGUUAUCAGGGUUCGGAUGGUAAUUUUUACAGCCAACCAUCAUCGAUGCCAAUUUCCCGGCAGUAGAAUUUUUGAAGGCUGUUUACAGUGGGGAGGUGGUUUUGCCGUGGAAGCAUGAGAGAUAUCAAAAAACUAAUGUAGCUUGUAAGUUACCCAUGUGCCUUUGAUUAUACCCCUAAUUAGAUUUGCACAUAGUAAAUGUUUACUGCUGGCGUUUAAACAAUUUCUUUGGAUUGUUCCAUUGAGAAAUAUAUAUGAAUUGAUUCAGUUAA